AUGGAAGCUCUGUUGCGCGAUUUGAAACGAAAUAGCAAAGAUAUUCAAAGACUUUUGCAACGGAAGAACAUUUUCAAUGGGGGCCACGAUACGGUCUCAAAAUCAAAGCAAUCCAAGAAGCGGCGCUUCGAAUGUAACAUUUGCAAGCACCGGUUCGUUCUGAUGAGCGGCCUACUGAGACAUAAGCGAAAGUACCACAGCGAAAUCGAAGCGCAAAAGGCAAACCCACGCUUUCCUAUAGCCAUUGCCCUGAAAUGUACUCUUUGCGGAAUCAUUUUUCCCAAUAUCGAUCAAUACCAUGCCCACACAGAUCAUCAUAACUGGGAGCAUCUUCUGGCCACCGUCGAGCGAACGGUCUACAACAAACCUAGGUUCCUAUUCCGCCAGUACGUGCGCAUCGUGGUGAUCUCCUUCGCCUUCGCUUGCGAAUACUGCGACACAUUGUUUUCGGACCUGAACUCCCUGUUUAAUCACGAAUCGAGACACAGCCCGGGUCGCGGGUUUGAGUGCACUUUUUGCGAGAAACACUCGUGCAAUCUCGACGAAGUGAACGCUCAUCGCAAUGGCGGAUGCUACCUCUACAGCCGGGAUCGUGCCUCAUGUUUCGAAACCAUUCAAAAACAGUACAUUUGUAACGUCUGCACAAUGGGAUUCGAUUGCCUGGAAACACUGUACGAACAUCGGUACACCCAAAACCACUACUUCCCGCGCAUUAUGGGCAAACAGGGCGAUGAAAUGGGCCUUUUGGGCCUGUCGUGUGAGGUAUGCUGCUACGUUGCCGAAACUCUUCACCAAUUGCUUGAUCACCGGCACGUGGAACAUGUUCCAGCACCUACGUCUCAAGCUCCGAUCACGCUGCACGGUAAAAGUUCUAUCAAGACCGAAGUUAAGCAAGAGCCUGACAACGCCAGCGGUGGCCUCGUUCGGCCGUAUCUGUGCGAUAAGUGCGGUAAAACGUACACUCAGUCGAGCCAUUUGUGGCAACACCUGCGCUUCCAUAAUGGCGUCCGUCCUUUUGAAUGUCCUUUCGAUGGGUGCAAACGAAGUUUCACGAUCCGCCCGGAUCUGAACGAUCACAUUCGCAAAUGCCACACCGGGGAGCGACCGUACCAGUGCCAAGAAUGCGGCAAGCGCUUCCUCACAGGAUCCGUUUACUAUCAGCACCGAUUGAUUCACCGUGGCGAACGACGUUACCCAUGCCCGGAGUGCAACAAACGAUUCUACCGUGCCGAUGCGCUGAAAAACCAUACCCGAAUUCAUACGGGCGAAAAACCGUACGCGUGCACUUUCUGCGAGAAAAAGUUCCGCCAACGAGGCGAUCGUGAGAAGCACAUGCGCGUACACACGCGACCCUAG